AUGUUCACGGCGCCAGAGCAGCCUCCGCUCCCGCGAGCCCUGAUGGGCGGAGCAGCGGCUGCUGCAGGAGGCACCUCGCCUCCGGCGCCGGCGACGACGGCCACCGCGGCAGCAACGGACAGCCAGCUUCGGGCACCGGCGGCAGCGGCGGCAGAGGCCGCGGCCAGCCAGCCUCAGGCACCAGCGGCGGCGGCAGCAGCAGCCGCGGCCAGCCAGCCUCAGGCACGAGCAGCGGCGACCGCGGCAGGAGCAGCCGGGGCGACGUCGCUCGAGGCAGCCGACGCACCACCGCCUCCAGCUGCGCCCGUCUCGGGAUGGCCGGCGCAGUCGUUCACGGAGCAGGGGGCCACAGGCGGUUGGCGGCCGAAUGACACGCAGGGCCCGCAGCCGUGGCAGGGCUUCGAGAGGCUCGACGUCUGGCUGGUGCAGGUGAAGAGAUGGAGCCGGCGCACGGGGCUGCCGGCAGAGCAGCAGGCGGGCAAGGACGAGCUCGACGGCCCGUCGGGCAUGGAGACGCUCUACGCGUUCCUGAAGAGGUGCAGGGGCGACCAGGACGACGACGAGGCGAAGGAGGCGUACAGGCUCGUGCUCGAAGACACGGAGAUCCGCUCGGGGGAGACGUACACGCAGUACGUGAUGAGGCGGGAUCUCCAAGUACGCACGGCGCGGCGACACGGUCUGGACUUACCGGAGAAAGUGCAAGUGCAGCAGCUGAAGAACGGAUCAGGGCUGACAGAGCAGAACAUGAUAAACCUUCUGUCGAUCACUCAGGGCAAGGAGGACCUGGAGUCGAUCAAGCGCGGACUGAUGAAGAUGGAUGUUCGGAAAAAGGGGUCGCAAGCAAGAAAGCAGAAGGUGUGCGCCGCGGACCAGAGUGACGACGAAGACGGGAGCGCCGACGCCGCCAUCUACUACGAGUUCGAGCGGGACCUCAUCAUGGACGACGCUGACGCGGCGGCCUUCUACGAGGCGAUCGAGAGCCAGGAGCUGGACGAAGAUCUGGCAGUGGCAGUACUAGCCGCAGUUUUGGAUGAGAAGCGAGCGACCUCGGGCAAGCCUCGAAAGUGGGCUGAGAGCAGAGAGCUGAAGAAGGCGAUCGCGCGAGACCGGGACUUCUUCGACAGCAAGCGCAGCGGUGGCAGGCCGGCUCCACUUUCGGGAACAGGGCGUCAGCGGCUGAGCGUCAGCCAGCUGAAGCUCAGGACGAGGUGCGCCAACUGCGGCCAGAAGGGCCGCUGGCGAAAGGAGUGCACCAACCCGUACAAGCCCAAGCCGACGACGACGGGAUCCACGCAGAAGGACGACGGCGACUUCGGCUCCUUCAUCGUGGGCAGCCAUCGGAUUCUUGAGCUGUGCCGGAAAGUGCGGGGAGACGACGACGCCUACGCGUUCGAGAUGCACCCUCAGGAUGAGCCCGAGGGCAUGAUAGACACUGCGGCCGGACAGGCACUGGUAGGGAAGAAGCAGUUGACGACCCUGAUCGGCAAGUACCGUGAGCGCGGCUGGAACACCCCCUUUCGCGAGGUGAAUCACGUGGGGACCGCGAAGGGGAUCGGAGGAAGCUCGAAGGUGAUCGGCGAAGCCAUGGUGCCUGUGACGAAGGGCGGCAUCAGGUGCCUGAUCCUGUUCAGGGUCAUCGCCGAGGACGUGCCCUUGUUGCUCCCGGUGCGCUGGCUGGAGAGCCCGGGCGCCGUCGUGGACCUCGAGAAGAACACCAUUGCCGUGAGCAUGGCCGGCCGCAGCACGGUCACCCCCAUGAAUCGGCAGAGGUCCGGGCAUCGGACCACAGGACUUUUGGACGAGAGCAGCCCGCAGGAAUUCGAGAUUCCGGCAG